UCCCCGUCUUUACGGCGUUCCUCUCGUCCAUCGAUCUUCAUCUUCUUCUCCUCUUUUUCUACUCUCUCCUUCUUCACUUACUAGUUUACGUAGUUAGUCUCUUCAUCUGCCGGCAAAGUCUCAUCAUCGCCUCUUCGCUCAAAUGUCGACAGCGUUAGCGAUCGGCGGAUGGUUCGCCCAAGGCUUCAUUCAGACCCUCCUCGACAAGGCUAGCGAUAGCGCCGUCCAACGCCUUGCCGGGCUCCGCGGGCUCGACGGCGACCUGAGGCGACUCCGGGCGUCUCUUUUCAAGAUACACGCCCUUCUGGACAUGGCCGAGAGGAGGCGGUGCUACAGUAGCAACCUGGUCGAGUUGAUGAAGCAGCUCAAAGACGCCUCUUUUGACGCAGAGAACUUGCUCGACGAGUUUGAGUACCAAACUCUGAAGCACAAGAUCGAAGGCCAGGCGAGUGAUUUCUUUACUCUCGCCUUUAAUGCUGCAAAAAAUUUGUUCUCCGCCGACGGCGAUGAUUUUGGAAGCAGGUUGAGGGCGAUUCAGGAAAAACUCUGUGAGAUUGCUGCCGAUAUGAUAGAUAUCAUGCAACUGCUUUCGAUGGAUGAUGAAGGCAGACAAUCCACUGGGAAGUUGGUAAGGAGAGAAACAAGCUCCUUCUUGACCGAAGAGAUAGUAUUUGGCCGAGACAAUGAAAGAGAGAAGGUCAUUGCAUUGUUGUUGGGCUCAGCCGAAGGUUCUGAAUCUAGUAACCAUGUCUUCUCCGUGUUGCCUCUGGUCAGCAUCGGCGGCGUUGGGAAAACUACACUUGCACAGCUUGUCUACAACGACGAUAGGGUUGGAAACUAUUUUCAGCUCAAGAUUUGGAUUUGUGUAUCUGAUGAUUUCGAUGUGAAGAGACUGACCAAAGAGCUGAUAGAGUCCACUACGAAGGAGGAACAAUCUGGUCUGACAAACUUGGACACUCUUCAGUCAAGGCUUAAGGAGAAGAUUGAGUUGAAGAGGUUCUUGCUUGUCCUUGAUGAUGUGUGGAGCGAGAACAAGGAUGAGUGGGACAAAUUGUGUGCUCCUCUAAGCUUUGGAGCACACGGCAGCAAGAUCAUAGUGACUACUCGACAUACGAAGGUCGCUAGCAUAGUUGGCACGGUGAGCACAAUCUUUCUUCAUGGCUUAGAAGAUGAUGCUCUCUGGGAAUUGUUCAAAAAACAUGCAUUUGCUUCUCAAAUUGUUGUUGAGGAGCAUCCAGAGCUUGUGAUCAUUGGUAGGGAUAUUGCUGGCAAGCUGAAGGGCUCACCACUAGCAGCAAAAACACUUGGGAGUUUGUUGCGAUCAGAUUUGAAUGAACAACACUGGAGGACUAUAAUGGAGAGUGAAGUGUGGCAACUGCCCCAGCAGGAAAAUGAAAUUUUGCCAGUUCUACAAUUGAGCUAUCAUUAUCUUUCUGGACAUCUUAAGCAGUGCUUUGCUUUUUGUUCAGUAUUUCGAAAAGAUUACAUAUUUUGUGAACACACGUUGGUUAGUAUCUGGAUGGCAGAAGGAUUCAUUGCACCACAAGAAAAUAUGAGGAUGGAAGAUGUAGGAAGCAGUUGCUUCCAUGAGCUUGUUAGCAGGUCUUUCUUUCAAGAAACUCAACGGCGAGGGCGAUUUGUGAUGCACGAUCUCAUACAUGAUCUUGCCCAGUUCGUUUCUGUAGGUGAGUGUCAUAGGGUAGAUGGUGAUAAGUCUGAGGAGAUCCCUAAAACGAUCUGCCAUCUAUCAGCAACAUUAACUGCACAGAGGAAGUUGAUGGAGUUCUCUGGUUAUCACAAAUUGCGGACUCUCAUGAUCAACUAUCAGAACAAUCAGAACCAGUUUGUGCUGAGAAUUGAGACCCCUUUGGUGCCCGAUGACUUGUUUAGAAGACUAAAAGAUAUCCGUGUCCUGAGUUUGCAGAAAUGUGGCAUGAAAGAAUUGACUGAAACUAUUGGUGAAAUAAUUCAUCUCAGGUACCUCGAUAUAUCCUACAAUUCCGGCAUUGUGAAGUUGCCGGAAUCAUUAUGUGUCCUCUACAAUUUGCAAGUGUUGAGACUAUGUGGUUGUCAACUACAAGGUUUCCCACAAGGUAUGAGCAAUCUGAUCAACUUAAGGCAACUUCAUGCAGCAGAUGAGAUAGUUUCCAAAGUAAAAGAAGUGGGGAAGUUAAUUUCACUUCAGGAGUUGCCCAUAUUCAAAGUGCUAAAGUACGAUGAUGGCCACAAGCUUGCACAACUUUGUGACUUGAAACAGCUCCAUGGAGAACUUACAAUUUCAAAUCUUGAGAAUGUCAACAGUGAAGAAGAAGCUAGUCUGGCUAAACUGAAGAACAAAAAAUACCUGGAUGCAUUAAAGUUAGAAUGGAAAUCAGGCCAGGAGUCUAACUUGGAGAAAGAACAUGUUUCUGAGGAAGUACUUGAAGGUCUCCAACCACAUCACUCCCUAAGAAGUUUGACAAUAAGGAAGUUUAAUGGCGGCGUGUUACCUAGUUGGCUACAGGCGUCACCUGUUUUAAAAUUGGAAACUCUUAAACUAGAAAAUUGUAAAAGAUGCAGGGAUCUUUCAUGUACUGGUGAACUUCCACUUCUGAAGGUGCUUCACAUAAAGGGAAUGCCUCAAGUGAAACAAAUAAGUCCUAGUCUGUGUUGUCACACAAAGAGCAAGUUCUUCCAACAGCUACAUGAGCUGGUGCUAGAGGAUAUGCUGGCAUUGGAGGAACUACCUGAUCUUGGACAACUCCCUUAUCUCAAGAGUCUUCAGAUGAAGGGCAUGAAUGCACUGAGAUGCAUAGGAAAUGGUUUUCAUGGUGCUAAUGGAAGCAACUGGUUUCUGAGACUGGAAAAGCUACGGCUGCAAAACAUGCAAGCAAUGGAAGAACUCCCGUUUCUUGGACAUCUUCCAUGUCUCAAGGUUAUUGACGUAAGGCAAAUGCCUGCUUUGAAGCAUAUAUAUCAUGCACAUUAUGAUUCUAUCGAGAGGAAUUGGUUUUCCACACUAGAAGUUAUGGUGCUGGAGAACAUGCUGUCGUUGGAGGAGCUCCCAUGUCUUGGACGACUUCCGCAUGUUAAGUAUCUUCGACUAGAUGUAAAGAAGAUAGCUCAUGGAUUCUUUAGAGUGCCUUCAGAAAAUAAUUGGUUACCUAAGCUAGAAAAGUUAGAGCUCAAGGGCAUACCAGGAUAUCAGGAACUCCCUUCCCUUGAACAACUUCCGCACCUCACAGUUCUUCACCUUGAUGGGAUGACAUCAGUGAAAGCUAUUCGCCAAGGCUGCACUUUCACUGCUGAGCAGAUCAAGUGUUUUUCAAGGUUGGAAGAGCUUGUCUUCAGAGACAUGCCAGCAUGGGAGGAGUGGUCUUGGGCUGAGGGUGGAGAACAUUUUUCAUGCUUGCGUAGGCUCAAAAUUGCACAAUGCCCCAAGCUGAAGCAGUUGCCUUCACUCCCUGCCUGCCUCUUAGAACUUGAACUGAUACAUGUUGGAUUGACAGAGCUUCCAGGACUAUGGAAAGGAACUAAUGGAAAUAGCAGCAGUAAAAUUUCAUCUGUUACAAGGUUGCAUAUAUCAGAAUGUCCAAGUUUGAGAAAUCUAGAAGAAGGAUUGCUAUCCAAUCACCUACCACACAUCAAUUCAAUUCUGAUACUGGAUUGUGUUGAACUCAUGUUUCUACCAGUUAAGAAGUUUGCAGAACUCACAUCCCUCGAGAUGUUUUCAGUAAGGCACUGCCCCAAGCUCAUGAUGACACAAAGUCAGGACAUUGAUCUCCAGCUUCCAACCUCUAUCAAGAUAUUAGGAUUGUGCAAUUGCGCAUCAUUUGGAAAAUCUCUACCUGGAUGCUUGUACAGCCUCAGUUUGCUAACUCGAUUGAGUAUAAGUAACUGUCCACACAUGGAAACUCUUCCAGGGGAAGCUAUGCUUCAUUUGAAACAACUCUGGGACGUGAGUAUCAAAAGUUGUGUUGAAUUGAGGUCAAUAGGCGGAAUAACAUUUCUCAGCACUCUCACGAGGUUCGAACUUGCAGAUUGUCCCAAGCUUCUGCUGAAUGGAAUGGUUGAAGAAGGAAAAUGCUCGUCUCUGCUUGAACUAAGGGUCGACAACACAGCUCUACUCAAAGUAUCACCAAUAUUACAUUCAUUACCAUCCAUCCAUUUUCUUUAUAUCUUUUCCUCUUAUCAAGCUGUAAUGUUUGAUGGAGAAGACCAAGGUCUGUUGCAAAGUCUCACAGCUAUCAAGUGUUUAGAAUUUGGCCUUUGCAAGAAUCUCAAAUCCCUGCCGACCGAGUUGCAUUCUCUUCCAUCACUUAAGAGUUUGGCCCUAUUCGAAUGCCCUGAGAUACAAUCCUUACCAGAGAAGAGACUGCCUCCAUUCCUAACUGAUUUGCGAUUCCAAGGAUGCCAUUCACUGUUGACAAAGAAAUUGGAAGAACACUUGCAGGAGAUCAAGAACUCAGGUAGAUUUGAUUCAGUUUUUGCAUAGACAAACAAGAGAUGCAUAACACAAAGCUUUACCACUCAUUCUUCCAUGUUUUUUUUCCCUUUUUAUUCGUGUUCUCUUAUAUAUCAAUCUUCUUGGUGAUUUGGAAUUCACAUUCUUGUUAACAUGUAGACAACUAUCUCGAGUAAAUGUGCCUUUGCUUGAGAAAGUGUAUAUAUGAUGGACAGGUUAAAUAGUUUCGUGUUGUUUUAUGAUUAGAUUAGUAAAUGCGAACUGUUCCUUUAA